AUGCCAAAAUUACCACCAAUAUUGAAUAUUAGUGGUCUCGAUCCUGAAAUAUCUUUAAGUAAUGAAACAAAACCAUCGGAAAUAAUUCAACAAAUUGUUCGUGCAGCUAAAAGACGAUGGUCAUCACCAGUCUUACUCGAUUCAUUAUCAUCAUUAAGUACAACAACUGAACAACAAACAUCAAAACCAAUAAAUAUAUCUGUUAAAAGAAAUCGUCGACAAGAUAAAAAAGAAGAAAAAUCAUCUCGAUCUCGUUCUGUUGAUUCAUCAUUAAAUGAUAAACAACCAAUUCAAACGGUAUCAUCAUCAACAGAUUCAGCUGUUUAUUCAAUGUCAGAUAUAAGUUCAUCAAUAAACACAACAAUUAAAAAACCAUCACAAUCAUUAAAAGAUAUUUCACAUUUUUUUCAUUAUUUUACAUUAUCAAAUGAUAAAUAUAAAUCAAAAACAUUAACAAAUAUUCGAAAAAAAAAAUUACGAAAAAAAUUAACUAAUGAUACAUUUAUUUUACCGACAAAUAAAGAUGAUGAUAUUUAUGAAAGAAUAAGUAAUUCAAGUAUUUGUUUUAUUGAUCAAUCACCAAUUCAUGAAAUUAAUUUUGAUCAACAAACAUCAUUAUUAAAAUCAAAAUUAAUUCAACAUGAAAAUAUUCUUAAAACAUUAAAACAACAAAUAAAUCAAGUUGAUCAACAACUUUUAAUUAUUCAAGAAGAUUCAAUAAAAAAUACUCAACAUAUUAAACUAUUUUCUCCUUCUCAUCAUCAAUUAAUAAAACGUCGUCAUACAUUUAAUUCUCUUUUUGAUUUAAAUUCUUUUUUUAUAGAAAAAGAUAAAUAUUCAUCUUCUUCUCUGUAUGCCUUACAACUUUUGUGA